AUGUCAAGUAACAACGAGCAUUACAAAGAAUAGUAUGCAAAUGGUUCUUUUAAAUUGGACGACUGCAUUCUCUAAGAUACUGAAGAAUUAAAUGCUAAAGUUAUUAGCACCAUUUAAGAUGAGAGAGAGAACAAAAGCACUGUUAUCCACUCAAAUAUAGUGAAUCCUUAAAGUGAAGAAGAAAAAGCCUAAUGUGAAUAAGAAGAUGAACCAUAAUAAGAGAAAAAGGGAUCUAAAUUGGUAUUUUUUAUUAUUUGUUUAAGUAAUAUUCUUCUGAAUAUCGAUCAUGGAGUUGUCCCUGCAGCUACUUAGUAAAUCAAAGAGGAUUUAAAUAUUGGUGACUCAGAAUUGGGUUUUCUUGGUUCACUAGUUUAUUUUGGUAUAGUUAGUGCUGGGUUUAUUGCUGGUAAAGCUUAUAUGAAGUUUCCAUCUAAAUAUGUAAUGAUUGCCACAAUUAUGUGCAUGGUCGGAUUGCUAUUUUUGUUCACAUUUAUUGAAGAAAUAAAUGCUCUUUAUUUUGUGAGAUUCGUCACAGGGGCUACUUAGGUAUUCUUGCUGGUCUACUUCCCUGUUUGGGUUGAUCUUUAUGGUAGAGAUAAAAAGACUAUAUGGCUUACAUUACUUUAAGUUGGCGUCCCUCUUGGUGUUUUCGCUGGUUAUGCCAUUACUGCAGCUCUUCCUAAGUCAAUGGGAUGGAGAUGGGCAAUUUACAUCCAAUGUAUUUCAAUGGCACCAACUUUGCUUGUGUUUAUAUUUUGUAAAUCCUAGGAUAUUGAAGUUAAUAUGUCUAAAUACGAUAAAGAUCCAUAGAUCGACGAAACUUCAUCAGAAGAUGAUGCUUUGCAAAGUGAAAAUAAGCUUUACAUCCGUUCUCCUUCUCUCUAUGAAAUCUUGGUUGAAAAUGGAAGUGAAGUAAGAAGAAAGAAAGAAAAAAAAUCAAAAGAUAAAAAAGAUAAGAAGAAAAAGAAAGGAUUUUUCUAACUUAUGUGCAUACUAUGGAGAUCAAAGAUAUACGUUGCCGCACUAUUAACUAUUGCCUUACUUUACUUUGUUGUUACUGGUAUAUAAUUUUGGAUGUCUGAUUAUUUCAGAGAAGUCCUCAAAGCUGAUGAAAAAUUAGUAUUUGGUACAUAUUCCUUCGUUUCUUUGACCGGACCUACACUAGGAGUUAUUUUUGGUGGCAUCAUAACUCAGAAAAUAGGAGGAUAUGAUCAUUAAAACGCUAAAAUAAUGUGCAUAGUGUUUGCAGUUAUAUCUGCCAGUGUAGCUUGUCCUAUGCCUUUUAUAGAUGCCUUUUAUGCGUCUGCCUCACUUGUUUGGCUCUUAUUAUUCUUUGGAGGAGCAAUGGUACCAGCUUUAACAGGUAUGAUGCUUAGUGCUAUUCAAACAGAGUUAAGAGCAUUUGCAAACAGUAAUUCAUAAACAAUAUAAAAUUUGCUAGGAUUCUUACCUGCUCCUAGUUUGUAUGGUAUUAUGAAUGAUAGAGUAGGGAAAAGAGCUGGUAUGUUUAUGCUUAUGUACUCAACUUUAAUUGGAGUUGUGCUUUCCAUCUGCGUAUAUAUCUUUUCAGUGCAAGAAAAGAGAAAACAAAAAGCUUUAGUUAGUGUAAUUAGUGAAGAUGCUAUUUAAAAUAAUGAAAAUACAGGAAAUGAAUAGCUUAUUUGA